CCGCCGCCGCCGUCGCUGCUGACCCGGGGCCGGCGCGGCUUCCGUCCUCCGCGGGGCGCGGGCGGCCUGCCUUUGCGCCCGCGACCGCGCCCGCGCCCCGGGGCUACCAGCCGGGCGCUCGACGAUGGGGAACACAACCUCGUGCUGCGUGUCGUCCAGCCCCAAGCUCAGGAGGAAUGCGCACUCGCGGCUGGAGUCCUACCGGCCCGACACGGACCUCAGCCGUGAGGACACGGGCUGCAACCUGCAGCACAUCAGCGAUCGGGAAAACAUCGACGAUUUGAAUAUGGAAUUCAAUCCUUCAGACCAUCCUCGGGCCAGCACAAUAUUCCUCAGCAAAUCUCAGACAGACGUGAGAGAAAAACGCAAGAGUCUCUUCAUUAACCAUCAUCCUCCAGGCCAGACAUCAAGGAAGUACAGCUCCUGUUCCACCAUCUUCCUAGAUGACAGCACAGUCAGUCAGCCAAACCUCAAGUACACCAUCAAAUGUGUAGCUCUUGCGAUAUAUUACCACAUCAAAAACAGGGACCCAGAUGGAAGGAUGCUCUUAGAUAUUUUUGAUGAAAACCUCCACCCUCUUUCGAAAUCCGAAGUGCCACCAGAUUAUGACAAACACAACCCAGAGCAAAAGCAGAUUUACCGGUUCGUUCGGACACUGUUCAGUGCUGCUCAACUGACAGCUGAAUGUGCCAUUGUCACCCUGGUAUACCUUGAAAGGCUCUUGACGUAUGCAGAGAUUGACAUCUGUCCAGCCAACUGGAAGCGCAUUGUUCUAGGGGCAAUCCUGCUGGCCUCUAAGGUGUGGGAUGACCAGGCUGUGUGGAAUGUAGAUUACUGCCAGAUCCUGAAAGACAUCACAGUGGAGGACAUGAAUGAGCUGGAGCGACAGUUCCUAGAACUGCUACAGUUCAACAUCAAUGUUCCUUCCAGCGUGUAUGCCAAGUAUUAUUUUGAUCUUCGUUCUCUGGCAGAAGCAAACAACCUGAGCUUUCCCCUGGAGCCCCUAAGCAGGGAGCGUGCCCACAAGCUUGAGGCCAUCUCUCGUCUCUGUGAGGACAAGUACAAGGACCUGAGAAAACCCAUGAGGAAGCGGUCAGCAAGUGCUGACAACCUGAUUCUGCCACGGUGGUCCCCCGCCAUCAUCUCCUAACUAGGGCGCUCUUCUGAGGUCAUGCCAUCCCUUGGUUUCUCCUCUUGUUUGAGAAAAGAUGAACUUGGGGUGGUUUGUUUUGUUCUUUUUUCCCCCCUUCUGUUUGAACACAGCCCUGUCAAGGCUGCCUUCACGCCUGCCUCCACACUGCGUUGUGCACACUAAGGGGCUUUAGGGGACGUGAAAUCAGUGUUCUGGCACCCGGUAUCAAGCUUUCCCGGCCGUCAUGAACAGCACUUCUUUCAUGGAGGAAAAAGACUCUAAUCCUGGAGAGGAAAUGAAGGAAAGGGAAGUUGUAUUGAGGCGGAGAAUACUUAGAAGCUUGACUGUUUCUGGGUCCCUGUCUGGUCAUAAAUACCAGGUGGAGCCAGAGGUAGGUAGCAGAGUCGAGUGCACAUCCGAGUCCGGAGUGCCAUACUGUGCCCUUGGAAUGGGUAUGCUCUGUAAGACUUCCUGCGUUCCUUCUUGCUGCUUUCUUGGGAUUGGGGUGGGGGUUGUUUGUUCAUUUUUAUUCUGGUUUGGUUUUGAUCCCACAGAGCAGAGAAUAUAGUUUGUACCCACCAUGGCACAGACACCCAAAUAAAUAGUGCUGAUUUGUUUAUCUCUGCAUCAUCUUCUUGAGCUGUCUUCCUCACAAGUGAGAUGUGCUUAUUGUGUUUCUACACACUUGCUUAUAUGAUUCCCCUCCAACAAUAGCAGGAUUAACUUAACUGUAGUGCUGAACCAAAAGUCUCCCUCUCCUGCCUCACUCCAAGAACGUUCUAUCUGGAUUACAUGGGUGCUUGUGCCUUCCAGUUUCCUUACAAUUGGUUGUUCUUGGUUUUGUUUUUGUCAGCCCUCUCCUUCCCUGGUUCUCUUUCUCUGCUAACAUGAAGGUGGAAUUACAAAACUCAGUCAGACUUUGUGGCUGAAGGCAAUGGUCCUCAGCAUAGGCGUCCUGGAGAGAGAAGCAUCCAGGGAGCCAGGUUUGCCUGACCUCAUUGUGAGGAGCCGUGUCCAUGUGCUCCCUGCCUAGUCAUUCUUCUACUUCCACGUCCAUUGUUGCAAGCAAUAUUCUUCUUGACUUUUAUAUGUUUACUUUAAAUCAAAUUUAGUCUAUUUGUAUACAAUUUUUUUAAAAAUCUAAAAUUUAAAAAAAAGUGUGGGGGAGGGAGUGGGUGGGUGGGUAUUCCAGUGGGAAGAUCACUAGAGGAAAAAUGUUACUAUUUCCUGAGGUAUUUUUCACAGAAUGGUUGAAUAAAAAAAAACUCAACUUGCAUUUUCAUUGUGGGUGCUUGGAGAAGCUACACAAACUGUGAAGGCUCAUGCUUCCUUAAUUAUAACCAACGUUUGUGUUUUCUGACUGUUUCUGAUUUGCUUUGGGGCUAGAUCAGACUCUUGUUGAGUAAAAUAAAGGGUUAAAGGUGCCCUGUCAACGACAAAAUCUGACCUGAAGUCCAAGAGUCCAAGUCACUCACCCACAAGUGCUUUGCUUCUGCUCAUCGUAGGUUGCAGUGACCAAGGUUUGUGAGUUUUUCAUUGUUUGAGACACUUAGCAUCCGGUUUGUUACAUCCUCCUCUGUGUGAGCUGGGAAGAGUUUAGAAUUGUCUGUUAAUUAGUGUUGAAUACUCAGAAAUCAUCUGCCUGACCCCAACAGGUCCCUCUCCAUGGAACACACUUUGGAAAUGAAAAAGAACAAAUUGUCAGAAUCCCAAGAGCAUGGAGCCAGAAAUGUUACAGUCAGGGUUCAGUGGAGUGUGUUUUGCAGUCAUGUUUCUAGUCAGAAGUGUGAGCAGUUCUGGCCUACACGUCCAAAACAGGAAGUAAAAAAUUAACUACCCUCCUAUUGCACCUUUGAUGAUUUGUUCUGAGUGGGAAACAAAAUCAGCUUAUCUCUUCAAGAACCUUAAACAGAGGCUAAAAGUGUAGGAAAGUGUCAUUUUGUAUUCUCUCAUCUCUAGAACUCUAAAAGGGACCUAUUUUUCUUAGCCAAAUAUGAAUACCUCUUAGAUAAGUUCCUUCCUCUCGUGUAAAAUACCUUAUUUUACCAGCCCGUUUCAGAAAAGAACUGCUGACUUGAUUGCAGAAAUCUUAUUUUUAUUCCUUUUAUUUGAAUGGGAGAUUUGGAAAUUGACUUAUGUAAAUAUUUCAAUGCACCUGAUACUAUUUUGUGGAGUUUAUUAAACUACUUUAAAAGAU